AUGAAGCUUGUGGUUCGUGUGAUUGAGGCAAAGAACUUGCCACCAAUGGAUCUUAAUGGGUUCAGUGAUCCAUAUGUGAGGUUACAAUUGGGGAGACAAAGGUUUAGGACCAAAGUGGUUAAGAAGAGUUUGAAUCCUAAGUGGGAUGAAGAGUUUAGCUUUAAGGUGGAUGAUCUUAAAGAAGAGUUGGUUGUUUCUGUUAUGGAUGAAGAUAAGUAUUUGAUUGAUGAUUUUCUUGGUCAACUUAAAGUUCCUAUGUCAACUGUUUUUGAUGAGGAGAUCAAAUCACUUGGUACUGCUUGGUACUCUUUGCAACCCAAAAGCAAGAAGUCCAAGAACAAGGAAUCUGGUGAGGUUCGUUUGAGCAUAUAUUUUGAAUUGAAAACUGCAUCGGUUGAGUCAAAUGUUCAUGGUGAUCUAGUAUUCCAUCCAAGAAAAAGUAUGGAUUCUAUUACUGAUUCGCCUUCAAGGUCUUCUACUGGAUAUUCAAGCUCAUCUUCUCCUGCAAGAGAUGAAGUUGCAUCUGCUAAGGAUGAAAAACCAAGUACACAGAAAUCACUCACAGGAAGAAUUGCUCAUAUCUUUAAUAAGAAUUCGGAUAUGUCUUCAACCUCGUCACAUAGAAGCAUUGACUUAGACCAAACUGAAAGUACCAAAGUGGAAGUUAGUGAGGUCAAGACUGAGGAUCAGUCCUCGGAGGAGACUUUUGAAGAAGCUAUGAAGAAAGUGCAGUCUUCAGAUCAAGGAAGUGAAAUUCCUAGCAACUUACCUGGAGGGUUGUUAGUCGAUCAACAUUAUACUAUUGCACCCGAAGACUUGAACGUGUUACUCUUUUCUUCCGAUUCAAAUUUUCUCAAGUCACUGGCUGAUGUACAGGGUAGUACCGAACUGCAAUUAGGACCUUGGAAGUUUGAGAAUGGCGGGGAGAGCCUCAAAAGAUUAGUCACUUAUGUCAAGGCUCCGAGCAAAUUAAUUAAGGCAGUCAAAGCCUUUGAAGACCAGACAUAUUUAAAAGCUGACGGGAAGAACUUUGCUGUUUUCGUCGUUGUCAGCACUCCUGAUGUUGUGUAUGGGAGCACGUUUCGGGUAGAAUUACUCUAUACAAUCACACCUGGACCUGAGUUGCCUUCUGGAGAACAAUGUUCACAUCUGGUUAUAUCAUGGCGAAUGAACUUCAUACAGAGCACCAUGAUGAAAGGAAUGAUAGAGAACGGGGCUCGGCAAGAACUUAGUUCGAGUAAGGAGCAAGCUUUGGCAUCUUUACAAGCAGAGCCGCAGUCAGAUUGGAAGCUGGCAGUGCAGUAUUUUGCUAACUUCACAGUAGUCUCAACAGUUUUCAUAGGGUUGUAUGUGUUUGUCCACAUAUGUCUUACUGCUCCGAGUAUAAUUCAAGGGCUCGAGUUUGCUGGACUUGAUUUACCAGAUUCAAUAGGUGAAUUUGUUGUUUGUGCUGUCCUGGUUCUUCAAGGUGAACGCAUGCUGGGUUUAAUAUCACGCUUCAUAAAAGCCAGAGCACAAAAGGGCAGUGAUCAUGGAAUUAAAGCUCAAGGAGAUGGGUGGUUAUUAACCGUUGCCUUGCUUGAAGGGAGCAAUUUAGCUUCUGUUGACUCUGGUGCAUUCUCUGACCCAUAUGUGGUGUUUACUUGCAAUGGGAAAGUAAGAACCAGUUCAAUCAAGUUCCAGAAAUCUAAUCCUUUAUGGAACGAAGUAUUUGAGUUUGAUGCGAUGGAUGAUCCUCCUUCUGUGAUGGAUGUGGAAGUUUAUGAUUUCGAUGGGCCUUUUGAUUCCGCUACAUGUCUAGGGCAUGCUGAAAUUAACUUUCUAAAAGCAAACAUCUCAGAUCUUGCCGAUACAUGGGUUCCUCUUGAAGGCAAGUUAGCUUUUGCAUGUCAGUCUAAGUUACACUUGAGAAUUUUCUUGGACAACACGAGAGGUGGAAACGUAACAAAAGACUAUCUAAUUAAAAUGGAAAAAGAGGUUGGGAAGAAGAUUAAUAUGCGGUCUCCUCAAACUAAUUCGGCGUUCCAGAAACUCUUCGGGCUUCCACCUGAGGAAUUUCUCAUCAAUGACUUCACAUGUCACUUGAAAAGAAAAAUGCCCCUGCAGGGACGCCUAUUUCUAUCACCAAGAAUAAUUGGAUUUCAUGCUAAUUUGUUUGGAAAGAAAACAAAAUUCUUUUUUCUUUGGGAGGAUAUUGAAGACAUUCAGGUUAUUCCUCCUACGUUUUCAUCAAUGGGAAGUCCAAUAGUUGUCAUAACUCUUCGGCCGGGUAGAGGUGUCGAUGCAAGACAUGGUGCAAAAACACAAGAUGAACAAGGAAGGUUGCAUUUCAAUUUCCAGUCCUUUGUAUCGUUCAAUGUCGCACACAGGACUGUCAUGGCUCUCUGGAAGGCCAGAUCGUUGACUCCAGAGCAGAAAGUGAAGGUUGUUGAACAAGAAUCUGAAACCAAAACCCUUAUAAGUGAAGACAGUGGCUCGUACCUUGUCCUGGAUGACGUUAGCAUGUCUGAGAUUCAUUCGUGUUUUCUUCCAAUUCCUGCAAGUUUUGUAAUGGAGAUAUUUAGUGGGGGCGAGGUUGACCGCCGGGUCAUGGAAAACUCUGGUUGUCUUAAUUACUCUUAUACCCCUUGGGUAUCAGAGAACAGCGAUAUCUCUGAGAGAGCAGUAUAUUACAAAUUUGAGAAGCAUGUUUCAAGUUAUAAAGGUGAAGUGACAAGUACUCAACAAAGAUCUCCCCUUUUAGAUAGAAAGGGUUGGCUUGUAGAAGAAGUUUUGAAUCUUCAUGGUGUUCCUCUUGGUGAUUAUUUCAAUAUACACCUUCGCUAUCAAAUAGAAGAUUUACCGGCAAAAGCGAAGGGGUGUAGAGUUUCCGUGUUUUUUGGAAUUGAAUGGCUGAAAAAUACAAAGAAUCAGAAAAGAAUUACAAAGAACAUUCUACAAAAUCUGCAAGAACGUCUUAAAGUGACCUUUAGUCUAGCUGAGAAAGAGCUUUUACCUAGAUAG